UACCAAAUGAAACCAAACCUUCCGUCUUCGCCGAUCCGGUCGCCUAUUUAUUUCCCCCCUUCGAAUUCCGAUGAACGGCGAUAGCCCGCGAUGCAUUUUCCACGGAAGAAGCCCCCGCAGGCCGCCGCCGGUGGCGGCUCUGGCGUAUCUAGGAUCGUCUCCUGCCUCCGCCCCGACGGCUGCGGCGGCGGCGGCGGCGGAUCGCUUGUCGUGCAGACUGGGUUCCCAACCUCCCUCGCCGACCUCUUCCUCAAAAACCGCAGCAGGCUGAAAGUCCCCUCGCGGAAGAAGAGGAAGAAGCUUCCGGAAACCACCGCUUCCUCAUCCGCCGACGCCGACGCCCCAGACCACGUGGCAGCUUUCGCGGCGCCGCCUUGGGGUAAUGCCGACGCAGUCUCGGCGGUCCGCCAGAAGGAUACGGGGUUCGGGAUUGCGUCCGGGACGCUUUUGAUCGUGACGGCAGUGAUGGUGGCGCUGGCUAUCGAAAGGAAUAAACUUGUCGGAGGGAUCAUGCUCUCCGCCGUCGUCCUGUGGCUACUCGAUUCGCUAGGGUUUCGGCAUCUCAGAUCGAGGACGCCCCGCUCAGAUGCAUCGAGUACCGCCUCCGGAAGGUGGAAUUUGCAAGGCAGAGGAUUCGUCUCCCCCAUCAGAGAGAUUGGGAUCGAUAGCUGCUCAGAUUCGGCAGGAUCAGACAGCAGCUCGCUGGAUUCAAUUGACGAGAACCAAAAAAGGCAGUUUUUGUUGGAAAAAGGAGAUUUUUCUGUGAUUAGGAAGGUCCAAACCCCCAAAAAACUCCUCAGCAAACUAGUUCCAAAGAAGUUCAAUGCUCAAAGGAGAAAUAAUACCAACCAAAACGAUCUUUUUUCAUCCCCGAGUGGAAAAGAUGACUUCAAUGGCGUCACUGAAAUAGAAGAGGAAGAAUCAACAAAUACAAGCGAUAAUUCUGACGAUUCAUCAGCGUUCUGUAUCAGAGAUGUCCUAAGGAUCAAUGCCUCUGCUGAGUCGAUUCAAGAGCAUGGCAGUGGAACUCAAGCAAGGAGUUCUCGGCAAUUGGUAUUCUGUGCAGUUGUUCUUCUGGGGCUUUGUGGUGGAAAGUGUGUGGCUCUUGUGCUAAUUCUCUCGUGGUUUCUACUUCAGAAAUCAGUGAAAGGCUUUUGGAGCAGAGAAAAGUACUUAGACUAAAUUCUUUUGAUCUCUCAGAUGAUGAUGAGGCUUACAGUGUGUGAGAUUACUAAUUUAAAGAUACAGAUAUUGUACAUUAUCGUCACUGCUUCUUAUGAUUUGAUUAUCCUUUUUGAGAUUGUGUAAGAAUGAAACACUGAAGUGAAAUAUGAAGCAUCAGUAGUAUUUAUUGGUCU